CGUUUUCCGCACAGGCGCACGGGGACCCCUGGCCAGCCAGCCAGCAAGCCUGCAGAGACUCCCCAGUCCGCGAGUGGGGCUGGGGCUGGGGUUGGAGCUUGGGGCUGCAGCCCUGGGGGGCCGGGCUGGCGCCGAGGCGGCCGGAGGCAUUGCUAUGAGGAGUCUGCGGCGUGUGUGAGAAGUAUGGACUAGGAGGCAGAGCGGCAGCUGGAGGAGUAGGCGGUGGUGCACUAGGGAGGGAGCCGCGCGCGGGCCAGACGGCUCCCAGAGGCACCGCAGUGCCGCCGCCGUCGCCCGGGAGGCUCCGCGCGGGAGCCAUGUAACCCUGCGGCGGGCUCCGGGCUGCUCCGUCCUUCCCCAGCCCCCUGGCUAGCGCGGCAGCGGGGCCACGAUGAAGAAGCAGUUUAAUCGCAUGCGUCAGCUGGCCAACCAGACGGUGGGCAGGGCAGAAAAGACUGAAGUUCUGAGUGAAGACCUUCUUCAGGUGGAGAAGCGCCUGGAGCUGGUAAAGCAAGUGUCCCACAGCACGCAUAAGAAGCUCACUGCGUGUCUGCAGGGCCAGCAAGGGGCAGAGGCAGACAAGCGCUCUAAAAAGUUGCCUUUGACAACAUUGGCUCAGUGUUUGAUGGAAGGGUCAGCUAUCCUGGGAGAUGACACACUUCUUGGGAAGAUGCUGAAACUCUGCGGAGAGACAGAGGACAAGCUGGCUCAGGAGCUGAUACAUUUUGAAUUGCAAGUAGAGAGAGAUGUGAUCGAGCCCCUGUUUCUGCUGGCUGAGGUGGAAAUCCCAAAUAUUCAAAAGCAAAGGAAACAUUUAGCAAAGUUGGUGUUGGACAUGGACUCUUCACGGACCAGGUGGCAGCAGACUUCCAAGUCUUCAGGUCUGUCCGGCAGCUUACAGCCUGCGGGUUCCAAAGCUGAUGCCCUCAGGGAAGAGAUGGAGGAGGCUGCCAACAGAGUGGAGAUUUGCAGGGACCAGCUCUCCGCUGACAUGUACAGUUUUGUGGCCAAAGAAAUCGACUAUGCAAACUACUUUCAAACGCUAAUAGAAGUGCAAGCUGAAUACCACAGGAAAUCACUGACACUGCUACAGGCUGUGUUGCCUCAAAUAAAAGCACAACAAGAGGCCUGGGUGGAGAAGCCCUCCUUCGGGAAGCCCCUAGAGGAGCACCUCACCAUCAGUGGCCGGGAGAUCGCCUUCCCCAUCGAGGCAUGUGUGACAAUGCUGCUGGAAUGUGGGAUGCAGGAGGAGGGCCUCUUCCGUGUAGCUCCCUCUGCCUCCAAGCUGAAGAAGCUGAAAGCUGCACUGGACUGCUGUGUGGUGGAUGUACAGGAAUACUCAGCCGACCCCCAUGCCAUUGCAGGAGCUUUGAAAUCUUACCUCCGAGAGCUGCCAGAACCUCUUAUGACCUUUGAACUCUAUGAUGAGUGGAUCCAGGCUUCCAAUAUCCAGGAGCAAGACAAGAGGCUUCAGGCUCUCUGGAAUGCUUGUGAGAAAUUGCCAAAGGCCAAUCAUAACAACAUCCGGUACUUGAUCAAGUUUUUAUCCAAGUUGUCAGAAUAUCAAGAUGUAAACAAGAUGACUCCCAGUAACAUGGCAAUUGUCUUAGGACCCAACCUUCUAUGGCCACAAGCAGAAGGGAACAUCACCGAGAUGAUGACCACAGUUUCGCUGCAGAUUGUCGGGAUCAUUGAGCCCAUCAUCCAGCAUGCGGACUGGUUCUUCCCUGGGGAGAUAGAGUUCAACAUUACAGGCAAUUAUGGGAGUCCAGUACACGUGAACCAUAAUGCCAACUACAGCUCGAUGCCCUCCCCAGACAUGGACCCUGCUGACCGGCGCCAGCCCGAGCAGGCCCGUCGGCCUCUCAGCGUCGCCACGGAUAAUAUGAUGCUGGAGUUUUACAAAAAGGAUGGCCUUAGGAAAAUCCAAAGCAUGGGUGUGAGGGUCAUGGACACAUCUUGGGUGGCUCGAAGAGGCUCCUCGGCUGGCCGGAAAGCAUCCUGUGCCCCACCCUCCAUGCAGCCUCCUGCCCCGCCUGCCGAGCUGGCUGCGCCUCUGCCAUCACCCCUGCCUGAGCAGGUCCCCGACAGCCCCGCAGCUGCGGUGCCAGCGCUUUCUCCAGCCAGCGGGGGCCUGCAGCUCGCUGCAGAGCGCACGAGCACUUCUAAAAGCAAGGAAUUGUCUCCAGGGUCUGGGCAGAAAGGAAGUCCAGGCUCUGGCCAGGGGACAGUCUGUCCAGGGACACAACCGGGGACACAGCCAGGCACCAGCCCCAGCCAGCCACCUUCAGACCAGAGUCCUCAUACCCUCCGGAAAGUUGCAAAGAAGCUUGCACCAAUUCCACCUAAGGUCCCCUUUGGCCAGCCGGGGACUGUGACUGACCAGUCCACUGGCCAGCCAUCCCCGGUCAGCCUGUCUCCAACUCCACCAAGCACCCCAUCACCCUACGGACUCAGUUACCCUCCAGGGUAUUCCUUGGCCUCAGGCCAGCUCUCCCCUGCUGCGGCUCCUCCCCUGGCCUCUCCUUCCAUUUUCACAAGCACUUUAGCCAAAUCUCGACCCACCCCGAAGCCCCGACAGAGGCCUACCCUGCCACCUCCUCAGCCUCCCACGGUCAGCCUCUCAGCCUCCAGCCCUCAGUCUACGGAGCACCCCAUGCUGGAUGGCAUGUCCCCGGGGGAGAGCAUGUCUACAGCUGUUUGACAUGAGUGACGCAGUGUGGAUACGUGUGAGGGGGAUUUUCAGGAUCUUGUCCACUUUGAUAUCCCUUCCAUCCACAUAGAGCUGGGAUCGACACUGCGCCUGAGCCCCCUGGAGCACGCACGGCGACACUCGGUGACUGACAAGAGGGACUCGGAGGAGGAGUCUGAGAGCACUGCCCUCUGAUGCGGCUCCCCGCCUGACACACGUGUACAUACAGACACAGGCCCAGGGGACGCACCGCCAGGAGCGGCGUCCCUGAGCUUGCCAAGUAUUCUCCAUUGGCUUUUUCCUGUCACUUCCAACAUAAGGUUGGAGUUUGGCAGAAAAUCGCCAUCUCUGGUCCGUGUGGCAAUUGUAGGUGGUGCAGAUUUUGUUUGUUCCUUUUGGGUGGUGACUUUGGCCUUUUGUUUGACCUUUGCCUUUUGACUUUGUGCCUAUUUUGAUCCAUUCUCAGCCUCCAUGCCAAGUAGCACCCACCUCUCUGCCCAAGGGCUUGUCAGAAAUGUCCUUUGUGGGGUAGGGGGGCAGGAAAAGAUUAAGCUGCCUGAUCACACCUGAGGGAUGCUGCCUUGACUGGGACAGCUGACUCUGGGCCUGCAGGAUCUGUCUAAUGGGCCAGAGAGGAAGCAGGUGAAGAGUCCACAGAAGUCUUAGGCACUGACUUUUGCCUGCCGUGCUGGGGAGGGCCAGCCCAUGAAAAACCUUUUAGGGUACCCUUAAUCAGAGGGCUCCAGAGUAAACGGCUUCACUCACAGUUCUGUCCCCUCCACCAUGUGUGACUGAAAGCUCCUUUCACUCCUUAUCAUUUUAUCCUUUUGAAUUUAAGAGGAUCUUGACCAUGUCUUUAGUGUCGAAAGCAGUGCCCUAUCCCCCCAAACACAUCAGACAUCCAAGAGUAACUGUCUGUUCUUUCUGGAGGUUACAGCGGAAUAGCAAUAACUGUUACCAAAAGCAGGCAGAGGAAAGUGAAACCAGCCCAUGGAGACACUGGCCCCUGAGACUGGCCUGUGGCGUGGCCUGCUUUGCUCACCAGCAUCCAUGGCUCAUCCCUUCUCAUCAAGUCCCAUCCAGUCCUGGGGAGGGGCCAGAAGGCCCUGGGGAGCCUGUACACACUCUGGGCUUAAGGGAGUCAGAAACAGACCUGGGCCGUGCAUGCCAAGUCAAAAUUUAAAAUUUUAUCCUUUUAAAAUAGAUAUAAUAUACCUAUACAUGAUAUAAUAUUUGUAUAUAUGAAAUCUCUAUAUUUGUUUAAUUUGAGCCAUUCAAUCUAAACGAAUGUACAGGUAUACAAUGAAAACCUUAAAUGCUUAGUUAUUUUUCCCAACACAGUGUAAAGCCACCCUUCUCUGAGAGUGGGAUUUGUAGACUUUUGAUGUUACAGCUUUGCUCACCUCCUGGCAAGGGCAGUUCAAUCCCCACUUUGUAAUGGAGCCCAGGGGUUGAAGGUUAUCUUUAAAUACAUGUAAAAAUCGUUGCCAAAAGUAAUGUUAUUAAAAUAGAUUUAUUAUCCCGAA